GUUUUUAUUAUCUUUUCACAAUAGACACUCUCUUGCACAAUAGCAACUUAUUUUCAUAAGUUUUAAUAUUCUCUCAUUUUUAUUAGUAAUGGUGCAGGUUUCAUUAGGAACGGUUUAUUAUUUGUGAUUUCACAGGGGGACUCUUUAUUGUGUCGUACUGAAUCCGGAAGUUGUUGGUACACCGCUGCAAAAACUGCUAGCUAAGCCGAAUGAAUGGAUGGUCGGAUGGACUGAGGUUCCUUUGCUCAUAUCUGCCCAAGAUGACAUAAACGUUUAAGCUUAUAACUGUUGGACCGCUCCUGUCUUUCACGAGUUCCCUCCUCGGCUGGUUGGGGUACCAUGGCAACGAGGAUGAAGCUGAAGCUGAAGACUGUGUUUGUGCUCUACUUCAUGGUCUCGCUGCUGGGCCUCAUCUAUGCACUGAUGCAGCUUGGUCAGCGCUGCGACUGCACAGAGCACGACAUGACUAAAGACCGUACCAUAUCUCGGCUGCGAGGGGAGCUGCACCGUCUUCAGGAGCAGAUGAGGAAGUUAGAGGUGACCAAACAACCCCAGAAACAGCCAGCUAAGCCCUCCCUGUCUACCAUCUUUGUCAUCACCCCAACAUACGCAAGGCUGGUGCAGAAAGCUGAGCUGACUCGUUUGGCCCAGACAUUCCUCCAUGUCCCUCACCUGCACUGGAUUGUGGUGGAGGACUCGCCUCACAAGACACCACUGGUGACUGACCUUUUGCUUAAGAGCGGCCUGACUUACACACAUCUCCACAUUCCCACUGCUAUGGACCGCAAACUGCAGGAGGGUGAUCCCAGCUGGCUGAAGCCACGGGGUGUCGAGCAGAGAAAUGAGGGUCUGCGGUGGCUCAGAGAGGACAGAAGGGCUCAGCCAGGAGGAGACGACCAGCAGGGAGUGGUUUACUUUGCUGAUGACGAUAACACAUACAGCCUGCAGUUAUUUGAAGAGAUGAGGAGUACUCAGCGAGUAUCAGUGUGGCCGGUGGGGCUUGUUGGAGGGAUGAAAUAUGAGAGGCCUGUGGUUGAAGGAGGAAAGGUGGUUCGCUUCCAUACUGGCUGGCGUCCUAGUCGCCCCUUCCCCAUGGACAUGGCUGGCUUCGCAGUGUCCCUCAAACUGGUCCUGUCCAAUCCAGAGGCUUGUUUUGACGGAGAGGCACCGAUGGGCUUCCUGGAAAGCAGCUUCCUUCAGGGAUUGGUUACCAUGGAGGAACUGGAGCCCAAAGCAGACAACUGCUCUAAAGUGCUUGUGUGGCACACACGGACAGAGAAACCGAAGAUGAAGAGAGAGGAGGCUCUCCAGGCUCAGGGACUGGGUUCAGACCCUGCUGUGGAGGUCUGAACACACACUCACUCACAUACGGUGUAAAGACUACUGUUAAAUGCUGCUUAUAAAGCUCUGCAUUGUAAAUACUGUAAAGCAGAAAAAUAUUUGUCAGAGGUGACACUUAAAUUUACCUGGUAAUUUCUGUAUGAGUUUUGUGUCAGGUAGUAAAUGUAUGCCCAUGUAUAUAUUGAGUGAAUGUGAGUGUGUGUUACUACAGUGCUGAGUGUUAGUGUUUGUGUGUCAGGGAUUUCUUUGGUUGUGGUGAGUUAGUUGUCUUUGUUCAGCAGUAUAGUGGAUGAGAACCCAGUCUGAAGUUUAAACAAUUGCCUGAUGGGGGCGCCAAUUUUCAAUUUUGCCAAGCCAUGCCGUGACACCACCAGUACAGUUCUGGUAAAAGCUGGCAGUACAGUAUUUUAAUCCCGACUUGCAUACUUUACAUGUUUAAAUCUUUCUAAGACCAGUUAGAUUAUUUUUUGGCUAAGCUACCUCAUGCUUGGCUCCAGCCUCCUGUUCCCCACUUGGUUGUAUCGAGUCCAUACUGAGCUUUAUGAGUCCAGCUACCAACAUCUAGACUGCUUUCUGGCCCAGACUCAGUUGCAGCAAUGCACUUUAUUCAUCUAUGGCUUCUGUGUUUGCAUGAGCAGUGUCUCUAUGCAUAUGUUCAGUCUUAUACAGUACCUAUAUAUGAAUUUUUUUUUUUUUAGGCGCAUGUCAAAAAACAUCAUCUUCAUAAUUGGAGGCAUGAUAACAAUCCUUAUACAACAUGUCUAAUAAAAAUAUAUACAUUGGCUGUCACAGUAAUAUUACUGAAGCACAAAUAUAGUGCAAAGUAGCAUUUUUUGACAAUAAAAUAUUCAUAACGUACACAGCAGCCACAGUGCACAGCAAAUAUCGAACAAUUCCUAAUAACUCAUUGUUGCCCUGUCUUUAUUAUGCUCUCAUACUCCUGUGCUACAAACUCAAGGGGUGCAACUUGGCAACAAUAUACUGCAACACAGACAUAAAUACAGAGAUGCAAUGGUUCUAUACCCAGUGUAGAUUUAUUGCAUAUGCGCUCUGAGCGCAUAUGCUGGUUUUCAGCAGUGUCAUAGCACAGCAACGGUUAGUUUUAGCCAGUAUUUUUAUAUGUAUACUUUUAGCGAUGUUCUGACAAACGUGAAACAUAAAGCAUGUGAAAUCCAUUUAGAAGCUCAGAAUAAAGGAACAACACUACUAACACUCAUAUACAAUUUUUAUGCAAUCAGCAUAUAUACACAACACACCAUCCAUGUUAUAUAUCUACAAAGAAAAACACUUGAAUUUGCCUUCAGUAGGCAGGAAGGCCCUGGUACCUUAGUAGCAGUAUUUUCAUGGAACUACUCGAGCUGUGCUUAAAUAUACAGUAUGUCAUGAUAUCUUAGAAGAUGAUGGAAGACUAAAGAGCAAAAUAAGCUCAAACAAGUGCUCCUCAGCUACUGUUGUAUGAUACAGUAAAAACAGCUAGUGUCUGCUUAAUUAGUGCCUGUUAGUUGUAUUGAUUAUUGUAAUAUUGUUCCUUAAAUUGUGAACAUGUCUGUCCCUGGCCUUGAAAAUAAACCUAAAUAUACAACCUGA